AUGGAGGAAGAGCAUCAGAGGCAGUUAUUCAAGGAACUAUACCUGCGCAGUGAAUCUAAGAUAACUGGAUUGUUUGGUGGGCAGAGGGCAUCUGAACGAGACUCUGCCGACGAUGAUCGCGCCCAGAAUGAUGAUUUCGUCGCGGAUGAGCCCAAUAUCACGGAGCCCGUCAAAGAACCAGCCCCUAAGAAGGUUACGCGGACCAUUGAUGAGGACAACUACGAUGAUGAUGAGGAUGAGGACGAGGACGAUGUGCCAAAAUCUCCAAGCAAGAACAAAAGCGCAAAUGCCCUAUUGUCGCCCUCCAAAUCUGGCAGCUCUCCUGUUUCUUCGGACCUCUCCCCAACCAAGCCAGCCGAGCAGAAUAAAGACGAUGCUGCGCCAGAAGAGCCCAAGUCUUCUGAAGAUGCGCGUAAGCAGUUGGAGGAGGCAAAGAAGGCCACCGAGGAAGCAGCCAAGCGCAGUUUCCAUACCCUAUUUUAUACAUUAGAGAACGAUCGAGUGGCUAUGCUGGAGCAGCAGAAGCUCGAAGAGUCUGAGAAGCAGAUAGAUGCCGAGAUGCACCAUAAUGGCACGGCCAAUACCACGAAUGGCGCAAAUGGAGAACAUCACGGAUCGCUGAGUAGUGCUAAUCUUGGUGCUUCGAGUUUGACUCUAAAGCAUUUGAUUGCGCGGAUAGAUCUUAAGCGCGACCAAGUCCGGGCUUCAGACGCGGAAUUACGAUCGUUGAUGAAUGAAGUCCGCAAAAAUAGAAGCAAGUGGGCAAGCGAGGAGAAUGUCCAUCAAGAAGAGCUCUAUGAAGCUGCGGAGAAGGUGUUGAGCGAACUCAAGGCAAUGACGGAGUAUUCCGCGCCUUUCUUGACAAGAGUGAACAAACGGGAUGCGCCUGACUACUACAACAUUAUCGACAAGCCUAUGGAUCUUGGGUCAAUGACCAAGAAGCUGAAGACGUUAACAUACAAAUCGAAAAAAGAAUUUGUUGAUGAUCUUGACUUGAUAUGGAGUAAUUGUCUCAAGUACAAUGCUGAUGUUGCACACCCACUGCGCCGAAAUGCCAACUCGAUGAGGAAAGAAGCUGAGAAGCUCGUACCUCUGAUUCCAGAUCUAGUCAUAAGGCCAAGAGCAGAAGUCGAAGCUGAAGAACGAAGAAAACAGAACGGUGGCGAAGAUGAUGGUGCCGAUGAUAGUGAUGAUGAACCCAUUAUGUCUUCCAGAGGACGAAAAGCAGGAGCCAAGGGAUCAAAAGCUAGGAAGUCAGCAAAUGGUCGAGAAGAGGGCACUCCUAGUCUUGAUCAGAAACCAACUCUCCAGCUUAAUGGUCUUCUUGGAAAUCUGGGUGACGGAUCAGACACUGGAUUCGAUGGCAGCCAGAGCGGCUUUGCCACACCCCCCAUUGGCUCUAUCACGCCAUCGAUGAAUGGCAUACCGGCUCAUGGAAGCCAAGCUGAUGGCAUGGAUAUCGAUGGUCCUUCAAUAAAUGGAAUCUCGCUUGGUCAGGCACUUGGUGCUGCAGCAGAGGACCUUCGAGAAGAUGAAGAGUAUAAGAUCUGGAAGCAGGUGACGAAAAAGGACCGCGCGUUGAUUGCCAAAGAGAGAAACCGUCUUUUCAGAGGCGAUCGACUUAAUCCUGACGAACCUGCUCUCCUGCGCUCAAAGGCUGGCAUGAGGAGAUGGCUUCGUCAACAGAAGGAAGGCCAGAUCGAUGCCUCGCGCUCAGACACUAGGCCCAAAGAUGCACUUCAAGGUGUGGAAACUUUGGCUGAAGGGAUGCAGGGCGAAGAAGAGCGCGUCAUACCUGACUAUUAUGACUCUCUUUCAGCUAUUCCUGACAUCCCGCGCAAGCUUCAGUGGACUGAAGACGCUGAUGGUCAGCUGAUUGAUCAAAACGACGAGUUGAUUCGCAUGGUCCCCAGCGGACACUUCACAGCUCCAAAGAGUGCUUUAACUGCAAAAGUUGAGGCAAACAUGAGGCAGAUGCAGGAAACCCGGAAAUUAUGUUCAAAAAUUGGCGUCAUCAAGCAGAUGCAAUUGCAGGCGCAGAUGUACAACAAUCAAUUUCCGAAGUAUGAACCAGAGCCGUUCAUCGAAGCUGACAUUGAGCCUCAUGUUGUUUCCGACGACGGGCCAAUAAUGGCAACUUGGGUUUGUAAGGCCGCUUUGCAACGCUCUGUUGCAAAACUUUGCUAUCAUGCUGGUUUUGAAGAGCUUCAGCCAAGUGCACUAGAUGUGAUCACAGACAUUGCUGGAGACUUCUUCACAAAACUUGUCCAGACAUUCAACGUCUACCGCGAAACACCCAAGGUACCUGCAAAUGUGCCUAUGGCUGGAUCCAAAUGGCAGGAACGCUUUACCAACGAGGAAGUUGUUCUUCAUACCCUCAGUGAAAAUGGCCUUGACGUCGAAGCUCUGGAAAGUCAUGUCAAGGAUGAUGUUGAGCGUCUUGGUGGGAAGCUAGGAGUCAUGCACGAACGCAUGAAGGCUCAUCUCUCGGAUCUCCUUCGUCCUGCCCUCGCUGCUGAUGCCGGGCCUGAUGGUUCUGGCGCGUUCAAUGACGGCAGCGAGCAAUUCGUCGGUGGUGACUUCGCAGAGGAGCUCGGCGAAGAUUUCUUUGGCUUCAAAGCUCUUGGUCUAGAUAGCGAGUUCGGCAUGGGAAGUUUGUCGGUGCCAUUGCAUCUUCUCCACACCAGACUGUACCAGAACCAGCCUACUGCUGUCGCGCAAGGACCCACAACAGAUAUUUUCGAGCCUCUACCACCAUUGGAGCCUGUCACGAGGGAGAACCUGCAAGAUCAGAUUGGCCUUGUCAGGAAUUUCUUCCUCGCGAAGCUCCAUGCCAACGACGAUGAGCCCCUGCUUGAAGACGAAGAGUUGCCUGCCAAACAAAGACCGACAAGACCUCGUCUUGGGCCUACGGGCAAAAUCACUAGUCCAAGGAAACGACCUCUCAAAGAACAGUCCGGCAACGCCAAGAAGAAAAAGAAGCUUGACAAUGGUACAGCCAUGGAUCCGGCAACUGGCAUCAAGUCGGGUGUCAAUGGUAGUCCGGAGAAACCGAAUCCUUUGACCGCCUCAGCGAAGAAGUUAAAGCUCAACUUACCGAAUGGUGGGCCGGUCUCAAUGGAAAGGGUUGAAAGCAGCCAAGGGAACGCUAGCCAAACUGAGAAGGAUGAUGGAAGUGCUGUGGGCAUGAUGAGUCCGGAAAGCAUUGAGCGAUAG